UCUAGAUACCCAUCUUGAUUAACAUGGCGUAUAAAAUUGCAAUUGUUUUGCUCUCCCUUCUUGUAGGUUCCUGGUCAGCAAACGUAGGACCGAGAAUAAGUGACACUCAUAACAUAGAUCAGUGUGAUAACUUCGAUAAUAAAAAAAGCGAAUCCGUAUUGUUGUCAAAUGUAUACGAAGAUGCGGCGAUUUUACCUAUAGAAAAGACAAUAAAUGUGCCAGAAACUGGAGAACUAUCGACAGCUAUCAAUUGUAUUAAGGUACUAAACCAAGAUUCAAGUAGUCAUGGUGGCUAUCCCAGGAUUUUGAACGGUGGCAUUGGUUCCAAAAACGUCCAGAUUGAGUUGAAAUCGCAAUUGCUUCAACCGCUAAAUUUCAGAAUAGAAGUUUAUAGGGAAAAAUAAUAACUGAUUAUUCAUGAAAUAAUGCCAAGAGUUAUAUAAAUUAAAUUAAUAUUAAAUUAAAAACAUAAUAUCUG